GUGAACCCCCAGCCCCCACCCCCACCCCAUUCCCUUCCCUUCCCUUCCCCGUGUGUUUUUGUUGGGGGCCAAAAUUGCUCCGUAGUCGCUUCGCGUAAAUGUGCCAAUUCGUCCGCCGCUGUCGGUAAAAUGUGAGUGUAGACUUUCGUUGGCGGCGAAACGGCGACGAGGGUGGCGGUCGAGUGAAAGAAACAAACUAAAAGAAAGAAAGAAAGAAAAAGAAAUCCGAGCGGCCGCCAUCGUUUCACCUCUGCCGUCUGGUUAGCCAGCUAGCUUGCGAAAGACUAGCCGCCGCAACUCUUGCGGGCGACUUGGGCACAAGGAGCACAAAAGCGAGCGAAGCGGCCUCGGACAUGGCGGAAACCAAAAUCAUUUAUCACAUCGACGAAGAGGAGACGCCGUAUUUGGUCAAGAUUCCCAUCGGCGCCGAAAGUAUCACCCUGCUGGAUUUUAAGCAAGUCUUGAACAAGCCCAACUACAAGUUCUUCUUCAAAUCUAUGGACCAGGACUUCGGGGUGGUGAAGGAAGAGAUUUCAGACGAUGGCGCCAAGUUGCCGUGUUUUAACGGACGUGUGGUAUCCUGGCUGGUGUCUUCGGACGCUCCGGCGGCAGAGCCAACGGCUCCGGCGGCUCUUCCCGCCGCGGAGGCUUCCAGCCAGCCGUCGCCCCCUCCGCCGCCGCUGCCGCCCCCGCCGGCCGAGAGAACCGGGGGCAUCGGGGACUCCAGACCGCCAUCCUUUCAUCCCAACGCCACGGGCAGCGUGGAGACUCUGGACGAGCAGACGGAAACGGAGUCCGUGGUUUCCUUCAGGAGAGAGAGACCUCGGCACAGGGAGGGCGCCGAGCAACACGGAUCUCGCGUGAACGGCCAAAGUCGCCUGGAGCGCCACUUGGCCGGCUACGAGAGCUCCAGCACCAUGAUGAGCAGCGAGCUGGAAACCACCAGCUUCUGCGAUUCCGAGGACGACGACACCAUGAGCAGGUUCAGCAGCGCGACCGAACAGAGCACAGCCUCCAGACUCUUGAAACGGCACCGACGACGCAGGAAACAGCGCCCCCCUCGGUUGGAGAGGGCUUCCUCCUUCAGCAGUGUGACGGAUUCCACAAUGUCCUUGAACAUCAUCACUGUCACCCUGAACAUGGAGAAGUACAACUUCCUGGGCAUCAGCAUUGUGGGCCAAAGCAACGAAAGGGGCGACGGCGGCAUCUACAUUGGCUCCAUCAUGAAGGGGGGGGCGGUGGCGGCGGACGGACGCAUCGAACCCGGUGACAUGCUGCUGCAGGUCAACGACAUCAAUUUCGAGAACAUGAGCAACGACGACGCGGUUCGCGUGCUGAGGGAGAUCGUGCACAAGCCGGGGCCCAUCAUCCUGACAGUGGCCAAGUGCUGGGACCCGUCUCCGCAAGGCUACUUCACGCUGCCGCGGAAUGAACCCAUCCGGCCCAUCGACCCGGCGGCUUGGGUCAGCCACUCGGUAGCCAUGACCGGCGCCUACCCGGCCUUCCCGGGCAGCUCCUCCCUCAGCACCAUCACCUCCUCCUCCUCAGUCACCGAGACCGAACGGUUUGAUGACUUCAAUCUGUCCCUGCACUCCGACAUGGCGUCCGUCGCCAAGGCCAUGGCCUCGCCGGAGUCGGGCCUGGAAGUCCGGGAUCGCAUGUGGCUCAAAAUCACCAUCCCCAACGCCUUCCUCGGCUCGGAUGUGGUGGAGUGGCUGUUUCACCACAUCGAGGGAUUCCAGGACCGGCGCGAAGCCAGGAAGUACGCCAGCAACCUGCUGAAGGCCGGCUUCAUCCGUCACACGGUCAACAAGAUCACCUUCUCGGAACAAUGCUAUUAUGUCUUCGGGGACUUAAGCGACUGCGACAACUACAUGGCCAACCUGUCCCUGAAUGACAACGACGGCUCCAGCGGGGCCUCGGACCAGGACACCUUGGCCCCGCUGCCCCUCCCCGGAGCGUCCCCGUGGCCCGUGAUGCACACGUUCCCUUACCAGCCCUACGCCGGCCAUCCCUACUCCAGCCAGCCGCCGCCGUACCACGAGCUCACCAGCUACAGCUACACUCCGGGAAGCGCCGGCAGUCAGCACAGCGAAGGGAGCCGGAGCAGCGGGUCGACGCGGAGCGAAGGCGAGCGCCGCGGCCGCGGCGGCAGCAAAGGGCCCGGCAGCGCGGCGGCCGGCGAGGAGAAGUCUCUCUGCGGAGGAGACGGCGGCGGGGGCGAGUCGCGCUCCGGCAGUGGCAGCGAAUCAGAAUACUCCACCCGCAGCAGUCUGAGGCGGGGCCACGGCUCGGCCGCUCCCAGCGAGCACAGCCACGCUUCCUCCCAGCGCUCGCAUCAUCACCGCAUGCCCCAGCCCCCCCACAUGUCCCCCUACCCUCCGGGCAUCAUGCCGUACAACCCCAUGAUGGUGAUGAUGGUCCCGCAGCACCCGCACCCGGCCAUGGCGAGCGCCCACGCCCUCCCGCACGCGCCGCCGCUGACGGCGGCGGCCGUGCACCCGGCGCUUCCGCCGCCCCUCUCUUCGAGUUCGGCCGGACCCCCCGGCGCGCCGCCCACCCGCGACUUGGGUUCCGUGCCCCCCGAGCUGACUGCGUCCCGCCAGUCCUUCCACCUGGCCAUGGGCAACCCCAGCGAGUUCUUCGUGGACGUCAUGUAGGCGUCGCGGCCAGGCGGCGUCCGGCCCCGCUCAUCCGGCGGCGGGCGGGCGCUCGUUUGUGCUUCUCGCCGGGGCCGAUGGGAUGGAAGGCACUUGUUCCAUAAUUUGGUGAGAACAGGGUUCAAUAUUGACAAAGCAGCGUGGAUUCCGACGCUCGAUGUGGAUUUCCUUUCGCAAAGUCCCACUUUAGUUGCGCACCAAAUCUCGUGUUGGAUAUGAGCAGUCGGAGUCAUUUUGGGCUUUUGCGCGCCUUCUCUGGGUCAUCGCCCGUUGUGACAGAUUUUCCAUCGGGAUGCCGCGGCUAUCCACACUGUAUGAAAAAGACAUAAUGUGCCGGGCGACGGAUUAGAUCCUGGCGGGACGCCGUUUAUCACGCCCGAGGUACCCGCGCACUCCGGGGACACCCCUUGUACGCCGUUGUUUGACAAUGAGCGUGUUUGCGUGCGUGUUUUCCUACGAUUCAACAGCACGCUGCACCAACCUCUAAUGUGAAAGACAAAAAAGGUCCAACAAUGGUCGCCAACUAUUGCCCGGUGACGACUGCGUCACUUCACUCUUUGUCAAGUGGACUGUGCAGUGGCUGCUUUGUGGGUAAAAAGAGACCACGCCGAAAAACCGGUACGUCAAACACACACUAAUUGUAGAUGCUAACUGUGAUCCGCAAGCCUCAUAACACUUGUUUUGUGUUACAGUACUGACUCGUAUUAUAUUCACAUUUCACUUUUUAGUUGGUUUUCUUUUUUACGAGUGACUAUAGGAAUCUUGUAUAACCCAAAUAUCAAGGUGCGAAAUGAAUUGUCAUCGUUGUAAGCUGCGAGAUUGCGUUUCUCUUUGAUUUCAUUCUGAUACCUUUUGUGUUAAAAGAAUAAAACUUCAUUCUGAUGA